UCUCAGCUGACGCGGCGCUGGGAGCUCGCGGGCACAAAAAGAGUGGCGGAGUAAGGUGAGAGUUUUCCCACGGAUGGCCAGACACACUCCUGCAGUGCAGCAGCACCAUGACAAACCCGCCGCAGACUCAGCCAUCUAUCCAUCGCCAUGGUGAGAGAGAGCUCCUGGACCUUGACUCUGUUGCUAUGGUGACCCUGUAGCAAGAGCCCAAUCUGUUGCCCCGGCAAUCACAUAAAAAGACCCAGGUAACUAUUUCAAUCUGUUGCCAUGGUGAACCUGUAGCAAGCAGCCGUCACUAUGGGAACGUCCAGGAUGUUCCGCAUCUUCGUCGUCCUCGGCUCGGCCUUCAUGAUCCUCCUGAUCAUCAUUUACUGGGACGACGUCGGAGCCUCACACCUGUAUUUGCACACUCCUGUCUCGCCGGGCCCGAAAAUCCCACAUCCCCCUCCUCACCAAGGGCCUCAAACUUCCCGAACCCCGUCUUUUCUGUCCGACAUCGACGCCUUCGUUAACCAGUUCUUAGAGCCGGGAACUGGCGAGCCCACAGACCCCGUCCCGGCUGACACAGGUAACCAAUCAGAGAAAGCAGAGGAACGUUAUAUACCGCGGCGGGAAUGGAAGAUUCACCUGACUCCACUUGCAGCCGAGCUCCGCGAGAGACAGGAGCAGCGGCGGAGGUUACUUCAGGACAUGUGCGCUAACGACAGCGUGGUGUUUCCUGGCAAAAACCGCUCGUUUGAUGACAUUCCCAACAGGGAGCUGGAUCACCUGAUUGUGGACGACAGGCAUGGUAUCAUCUACUGCUACGUUCCCAAGGUUGCAUGCAGUAACUGGAAACGCAUCAUGAUAGUUCUCAGUGAAAGCAUGCUGCAGGACGGUGUUCCCCAGAGAGACCCGCUGGCCAUCCCCAGGGAACUGGUCCACAACAGCAGCAUGCACUUUACCUUCAACAAGUUCUGGAAACGUUACGGCAAGUUUGCAAAGCACCUCAUGAAGGUGAAGCUGAAAAAAUACACCAAGUUUAUUUUUGUUCGGGAUCCCUUCGUGCGCCUCAUCUCGGCCUACAGGAACAAAUUUGAGCUGCGCAAUGAGGACUUCUACCGGCGCUUUGCACAGGUCAUGCUGCGCCGCUACGCCAACCAGCCGACACCUCCCGCCUCUGUGGACGAGGCGUUCGGCGUGGGCAUCCAUCCCUCCUUCUCCAACUUCAUCCAGUACCUCCUUGACCCUCAGACGGAGAAGGAGAUGCCGUUUAAUGAGCACUGGCGUCAGGUGUAUCGGCUUUGCCAUCCAUGCCAGAUUCAGUAUGACUUUGUGGGCCACCUGGAGACGGCGGAGGAGGACGCUGAGCACCUACUGCGGCAGCUGCGGGUGGACAAUGUGGUGGAGUUCCCCACCUCUCAUAGGAACCUCACAUCCAGCAGCUGGGAGGCUGAUUGGUUCAGCACAGUGCCUGUGGAGGCGCGGAGAGAACUCUACAAGCUGUAUGAACCCGACUUCAGGCUCUUUGGCUACGACAGACCGGACUCGAUCCUCAAUGAGUGACUCGUGUUUCUACAAGCUGACCCAGGCACACGCAGACUUGACAGUUUUUUAUGUAAUGAAAUAAUACGACACUCCAACAACAGUGACACCUCCCCUCGCUCUGGGCUCUGCAGAUCCUACAGUCCUGUCGGUUCUACACUGAAUGUGCACAUCAUUAAGGAAACUUACUGCUCCGACGAAGCACACUAUUGAGGUGAAACCAGGUUAACGGUUAUUAUUAUUAAUUGUUGUUUUUCUUUUUAAAGUCACAAAGAUAACAAGAAGCACACAAAUACGGCAGUUAUGGCGGAUAUGGAUUGUGCAAACAGCUUGUGUCUCCAACAUUAUGCACAUUCAGUGUAGAAGUUAAUGGUGCUGCAUGUAAUUCUGGAGAAAGAUUGAUUAUUGAGUCUCUUUCACGCUUUGGUUAGGUAAUUCGACCUGUUAUGGCAACUAUCCCCCCCGCCAAGAGUCAAACAAAAGAUCUGCACACUAAGUAAAGCUCCCAGUAAAUUUUAAUUACACAACGUUUCAGUCUAACAGAGAUCUUCGUCAGGCAUUUUCAUAUCGAUUAAAUGUUUUUCAGCAUUCCUUAGCUGUCCGUUAUCUAAUUGUUGUCUUCUUUUGCAUCUGCAGAGUUUAAAUUGCCUCUAACUACCAACCCGAAGCGUUUCUGACCAUCUCAAAAUGACUUAUCAAUCAACUAUCUUUCUCCAAAGUUGCAUACGGCACUUAAAACUCUAAACGUCACGCUGAGCGUCGAGCACUCCCAACGUUGAUGUCACGCCACGCCUGUCAUCUGUGAUGUCACAGUCGUCUUGUGACUAACUGUGAUGAACACGCAGGCUUUGUAGCAGGAUGCCGAAGCGAUGUCACACCGCCAUACUCUGUUUGCGAUGUCAUGGAAACCAGUUUGGUCGUGACGCCAGCACAGACGUAGUGGACAGGGUAUUAUGGGCGAUUAAUUAAAACAAGGUGUUUUUAGAUUAGUGUUAAAGGAAUAAUUCACCCUCAAAAUGAUCAUUUGGUUAUCAGUUACUCACCCCGUGUUGUUAAAGAAAACUUUGGCGUGCCUCUACUUUGAUCAAAUCCAGAAAAAAAAAAUCUUUAUGAAUUGAAGUCAUGGGCUCCACGUUUAACAACAGCAAAACUACAUGGAAACAUCUGUUAACUCUUUAUAGUCCCUUUGUUGUUAAGCCUGGACCCCCUUUUACUCAAAUUCAUCAAUAAUUUCCUCCAUUGUUUGGAUUCUUUGUUUACUGUCAUGCAAGAAAAACAUUUUUCAUCAUGAAUUCAACAAAACACAGUUAUUAAUACACAAAAAAUAAUUUUGAGGGUGAAGUAUUCUUUACAUGUAGUUGCACUAGAGUGUUAGUUGUCAUCUAAUUUAUUUCACAUUGUAUAAGUGCAAUGUUUAUGUCGAGCAUGAAAGGAAUUUUUAUGUACGUGUUUGGAAAUACACAGUAAUGACAGCUAUUGACAUCAGAAACAGGUUCUUUUAUACCUCAUCUGCAGAUUAAGAGGAUUCUCAUAUGUUAUGUAACACUACUACAAACUGUACUGCUUCUUCAGGCACAUUAGUUUUCAGAGUGGAGAAAUCCAUUCGAUUAUAUAAUUAGAAACAUUUCAAACAAUACAUAAGCCGCUUGCUUUAGUUGAACAGUUUCAAAGCAUGAUAUCACGUCGUCACAUAGAAGCACAGCAGCUCUGGUGGACAUCAGGGUACACAGCGUGAUUUGUCUCAGCUUGUCUUUGAGGCACAAAAUCAAAGUUUCUGCAUACUUUUAAUUUAACCGAGAUGCUGGAUGUACACAGGUUAGCUUGUGUAAACUGUUUUUCAAAGGGAACAUUUUCUUUAAUUGCUUUGUUGUGCUGCCACAAUGCUGUUAACAUCAUUUGAUCACCUUUGUGUUUCACGCACAAUCUGCAGUUAUUAACACUGACCUACAUUGGGUAACCCUGGAGACUGCAUCAGUGUUGUUGUUCCCCCUUAAAUAGGAUGUUUUUUUUAAAUGUUUCAAGGGCAGCAUUUUCAUGGGACGCAGUGUUUUGUAGCAGGGAGCUGAGCACAGUACAUGAAGCCAACUAGUAUGAUUUUUUGGUGUUGUGUAGUGAAGAUAAAUCACUCUACAAUAUGAGUAGGUGCCAGAUGAGGCUAUGCCAGUAUUAAAGGAUUGCUUCACCCACUAAAAUAAUUAUUUCUACAUCAGUUACACCCCCCCUUAUUACACUGAAUUUGUGAAGAAAACUUUGAUUUUCUUGUGUCACCUUAAGUGAAUGAAGAAUCCAAAAACUGAGGAAAUUCUUGGUGCAUUAAAUUCAUAGAGGACCAAGAUUAACAACAGGAAAACUGUAUCAGAGCAUCUGUUUUUUUUAAAUUCUUGCAGCUUGUGCAGUUAAUCAAUUUUCAGUAGCGUGUUCUGUAAUUCCCAAAAAGACAGCACUUUCCGAUGGGGAAUUGAACUGAGGGUUUGUACUCUCUUUAAUGUGUGUGUCCCUCUCAGUUUCUUUGUGUUAUUGUUACUGAUCUUUUAAAAUGCCAAAUUCACUGUAACGAAAAACAAACUACCCAUCGAGGCAGCAGUAAACCAAAAGCUCCUGUUCUCUGCAAGGUCAAAUUCCUUUUUGGUCUGGCUCUGAAAAGAGCAAUAAGUUUUCACUUUUUGUUCAAUUCCCCGCCGGAAAGCACUGUCUGUUUGGGAAGCACCGAGCAUUCGACUGGAUAAAGGGAGCUUGGAUGAUACUGCACAAUUUGUGGGAGAAUAAACAGAUAUUUUGAUAUAGUUUUACCGUUGUUAAACGCAGUCACCUAUGACUUCAGUUCAUCAAGAAUUUUCUCCUUUUUUUGGAUUCUUAGUUCGUUUGUGGAAACAUGCAAGAAAUCAAAGUUUCCUAACAGGUCCAUUGUAACACAGGAAGAGUAAUUGAUGUGCAAAUGUCCAUUUUGCGGGUGAAGUAUUCCUUUAAUGUCUGAGUUUCAAAGUAAAAGCAUGGUCAUGUUUAGAGUUAGGAGGAUCAGUCACGUCAUGAUGUGAGCAUGGAUCGAGCUGCAUGUUUUAUAUGAGAAGAGCGGAAAGAUAAGAUAGUGCCUUUGGUUGCAAAAGUUUACACAGCAAAAAAAACGUAUUUUUGUAGAAGGACUUAAUUUUUACUUUGAACACAAUACAGUGAGAGCUGUAUGAAGCCGCAGCAAGGUAUAUUUGAUAUACUGGGCCUUGUUUAUCUUGUGCGAUUAUUCUCUGGAAAGAAUAGGAAACAGCAGAGACCUUCAGCAGAAACUGUCUUUAAGGGAAUUACUGACUCUGUGAGGACUCUUUGCGUGUGCGCUUGUGUCCGGUGGAUUGCUUUGUGUGUCGUUUAACACGCAGGAAUAAUGUGUGGUUUGUACUGUAUGUGAUGUCAUGGACACGUGGCUCGGUGUCGCUUUAUUCUGCAAGUCACCAAGAUGUUCAUGUCCACACUAUUGACUCAGUGUUGUCUCACUGCCUUUUGGUUUGUUUGUCUUGUAAAAGGUGUGGGAUGUUUUUUGACUCCUUCAUUACUUCGUUCACGCCUGGAUAGGAUGAAAUUAUUCAGCAUCAAAAGUCUGCCGUCGUCACUCGGUGCGUUUUUUUCCGUGUAGGUCUAAAUAUAGACAAAGAGAAGGUAUCACACGCUCCCACCUCACCGGUGUUUAGACGGUCAGAUGAUUAUGUUCUUUUGUUGUAUUUUCCUAUGUUUCUGUCCUGAACCAUGUCUGAAAUCUGGAUGCUUAUUUCUUUGAAAGUGCAAAUAACACCGUACGAUGGAAUCAUUUUAUAAGGGGGAAAAAAAGUUUCUUUAUUGGCAGAAUAAAACAGAGUACAUGCUGCUUUUAUAAUCAGAAAAGUCAGUCUUUGAGUGUGAGAGGUGAUGUUUUUUUUCCACAUGGGCCCUCUGUUCCCUUGUUUUCGUGUCUAAUUGACCAGUGGGAACAACAAAUUCAAGGCAUGUGUGUAAUGUCGAUUAAAAGUGCUUGGUUUUUUUUGUCACCGUUAAGCUCAGGUUAUUUUGUUAAGUGUGUCUGACAUUAUGGAAAGGAUCCCUACUGAGACAGACAGCAAGAUCCUUUUUGUUUGACCAGUAACAAAACUUGCCACCACCAAACCACCAGACUUCAUUUCAAUAAAGAGCAAUUUUAUCGUUGUAACGCACAAUUCAGUAAAAGUCAAAGAAACAAAAUCAAACUCACAAAAACCCGACUUGGAUCGUCUUUCUGCCGUUUUAAAUCUCACCAACUUUGGUUUUUUGGUUGGCGAUUUUGGGGCUGUUUGUUAAAUUCUUUCUCUGUAGGAAUCGAUUUUCAAAAUGAUUUCAAACAAUUAGAGUAACAGUCUAAGCCUGUCAGCGUUAAAACAAGCACAUGUAAAGUGACUUCUGAUGCCCUUUCUCUUAAUACUGGACCAGUUUCUAAAAUUGUUCUUCUGUUAUCUGUCCCAAAAUGUGUUCAUUAUAUUCAGUGAAGUGUGUUUUACAACCACUGUUGAUUUAAAUGGCGUCUGGUGGUUGUGGUAGUGGUGAUUACGGGGUUGUUUCUGUCCAAAAAAAGGAUCGUACUGUUUACCAAAAAGGUCAAUAUCUGUAAUGAUCCUUUCAUAAUGUUGUCUAUGACUUAUGAUAAUCUGAGCCCGUCAAAGGCAAAAACAAGCACUUUUAGGACAUAAUGCAAAUGCCUCAAAAUAUUUUCUCCCAUCAGACACUUGGAGAAAAAAAGGGUCCAAGUUGAAAAUAAACCCCAAAUAACCCGUAACGUAUCUUGAUAAAAUCAGAGUUUGACUGGUGGUAUGUAUGUUUUUGGCCCACAGUGACCUGAAGUUUCAACAGCAUUAAUGUUUCAGCGGCCUGAAUGUUUGUUGAAGCUGCAGUGCCAAACCGUGUCCCACAUAUGACCUCAUCCCAGCUCCUAACGUUAAAUAGUGUCACAAACCAAAAAAAAAAAAAAACAACCCAAAUCUAUUUUUGUGAUUCAUGUUUUUGUAAAACGUGUAUAAAUAUUUCAUAAAGUCACAAGGGACUUUUUCUGUCAGACAAACUCGCAGAGUAUUCAUUCAGUUUCAUCGGUGUUAAUGGUGUCAUGCAUCAUCUGGUCUUUGUAAAAGAGAAAUAAAGGUUGUGGGGCAUGAUGGAAAAUA